UUCGAUUCUCCCGCCAUGGCCGAACUUGCGCUGGGAGUCGCGGGCGUAGUCCCCUUGAUAGGGCUGGCUGUCAAGUCCUACCGACAAGUCCACUCGAAACUCAAGACUUUUGUUCACUAUUCGAAAGCCUUGAAACAGAUGCGAAAGAGGCUCAAUCUGAAUAGGUCGAUGUUCGAGUUAGAGUGCCACUACCUCUUGCGCUUCGCCUUCGACGACGAAAUAAUCCUGCUGAUGAAAGCUGAUGGGCAUCGGAAGGAGUGGGAAGACCCCGUGUUCGAAGACCAAGUGCAACGUGGGUUGGGAGCCAACUAUGAGGGCUACAUGGGCCUUGUGGAAGAUGUGGGCGAGCUCCUAGGGGUUCUAAGCGAAGCAAUUGAUCGUUGCACCGAAACAAAUGAGGGCGAGCGACUCAAAGACGCCAUGCGCAGGCUCAAGAGACGGGGAAAGUUGACGCUUAUCGAGACCGAGUGGGAAGAUACGCACAAGAAGCUUCGAGGACUCAUCCAAGACCUCACAUCUCUCCGCGAAAAGAUCCAGGGGCUCGACAAGCCGGCUUCGCUCAGAGAUGAAGCAAUCGAUCGGGUCAAAGUGGAGGAGCUUCUGACCAAGAUACCAACAAUCAGAUCUGCAUCUAGUGAUCUGUAUCACGGCAUUUGCGGGGCUUGGCAAUGCCGCCAACAAGACCACAUCCAGCACGUUGCACACCUCUUCAUGGGCUCCCUGGACGUGCCCAACCUAGCACGAUUGGUGCGCUUACGCCUUCCAAAACUCCCAAGAUUCCCAAGGCGCUCAAAAGGCUCAAUGCUCCCAGGACCCAUGGAAAUCCCCGGUGCAAGUUGCACACGACUUAAAUUAACCAUGCUCUGCAAAACCGACGUUGACAUGUCUCUAGAGAGUCUCGAAGUGGAAUCUCAACGAGAGUAUGAAGAGGAGGAUACUUACUUAGCAUCAUUAGAAUCUUGGGAGGAUGGCGAUGAAUUGAUACAGCCUCCGAUGAAGCGUGCCAAGUAUGACCACUCAACAUCAAACACAAACACAUUGUCGUCCGUCACAUCUAGAGACAUUCCAUUGGUUCCAGAUAAUCGCGAGGACUGCAACAGGACCUGUCUCGACCUGAAACCCUCUUUCAAAGGCCGAUACUCCGGCUACCUGGGAUACUUGGAUACGAACUCAACAUGGCGGCAUACAUUCAUUAAGUCCUUUAGAUACAGUGAGCUUGAGCGCUCAAAGAGAACUCUCUUUCUGAAGGACUUAUUCGACAAUUCACAUGGAACUCAUUUCUCUGUGAUAGAGCGCCUCAGCUUGGCUCUCAAUGUAGCAGAGGCAGCCUUUAUGUUUCAGUGCACGCCUUGGCUGAAGAAGUGUUGGCGGAUUGACGAUUUCGCAGUCCUGUCACCUUCGAAAGAUCCAGGCACUUGGCUUCAUACUCUGCAUCUAAAAGCCAAAUUCAAGCGGAGCAAGGUGCACCACCAGGAAAUGGAGCCUGUUCCUAAGGUCGAUGACCCCAAAUUACUUGCGGCAAGCGAAGACGAGCUGUUAUACCACGGGGUUGGAGACGUGGGAUUGUACAGUCUCGGCGUUUUCCUCGUUUCCAUCGAUCACUGGACGAGGUUUGAGCCGGAUGACUUGGUAGGGGUUCGAAAAGCUGCACAGAGAUCCAUGUUUGGGCCAAAGUAUCGGGAUGCUGUCAACGGGUGUUUAGGAUAUCUUGGUCAGGACGAUAGUAGAUCACAUGAGGAAGUUACGAGAGGGCAAGUGGAAGUGUUUGUGUCUGUUAUGCAGUGCUUGGGGAAUAUGGUAGCAAGUCUUGAAUAGGG